AUGGAAGCACUGAGAGCUUCAUACGACGAUGCACCAUCUGAUUCGGACUCUAAUUCAUCUUCUCCAACAACAACCAAACCAGUCCCUGUUUCCAACGCACAACCAGAGCGCGUAGCGUUGCCACCUCCGCCUAUCUCACUUCUCACUCCUCCCAAUUCUCUUGGUGCAUUGGAUUCCUUGCAAAAGGGUCAGUCCAGUCGAGUUAGAAGCUUCCCUCAUGUUCAAGGCAACUAUGCUUUGCACGUCUACAUUCCAGUUAAUAUACCGCCUGUGUCCAAAAAGGAAGUGGUUCAGUUCUUGAAGAGGAUAUCAUCACUUGUGCCGGGUCUUCAUGCUGUUGAUGCUGAUGUUCCUCUUGCUAUUUUAUGUAAAGAUGAUCAGAAGUUUGAGCAAGUUGCAUUAGGUAGGGAAUUCCAUAUUAGCUUAGGAAGAACCGUGCCGAUUCGAGUUCACAAGAUUGAUUCAGUCGUUGUUAUGCUUCGGCAGAAGCUUCAGUUUCUAAAACGUAAGUGGGAAGUUUUCGUAAAUGAUGACAAGACACGCACCUUUCUUUCACUAGAAGUUUUGAGGGGAGGAUUAGCUGAGAUUACGAAGCAAACUGAAUCUGUUAAUGAGGUGUAUAAGCUCCACAAUCUUCCUGAAUUCUAUAAGGAUCCACGCCCUCACAUAUCGUUGGCUUGGGCAAUGGGUGAUGUUAGCGACAUCUUAAAGAGAGAAGUUGAAAACGAAAUGAAGAGGUCAAGCAUUGGGGGUUCAAUGCUGAAACGUGUAUUUGCUUGUAAAUUCGGCGGGGUUGAUUGCAAGAUCGCAGCCCAAGCUAGCAGUGAAGUCCUUAACCUUAUCAGGAAGCCAAAUCAGAUAGAGAACAGCUUCAUGCUGUCGCAACCUUAUUAUUCAUAUUACAAGUCAAAAAGCACAGCUCCAGGAACAGGAACAGAUUACAUGCAGAAUCUUGAAGACCAAAGUCUCAAGCAGCAUCAGAGCUCUAAGCAAAGUGGAUUUGCUAUAGAAAUUACGGCCAUAUUCUCGAGGAUGAGUUGA